AUGGCGACGGUCGGUGAUGUUUGUGCCGGUCUCGCGCAGCACAAAGCUACAUUACUUCGAGAAUUGUGUGAUACGAACUUAUUAGACGUGCUUGUGAAAAAGGGUCUGUUUAGUCUAAAUGAGCUUGAGUUGAUUACCAGUGCUGCAGAUGCUGAUAAGUGUAAUUAUUUUAUCGAAGUUGUUAGUAAACAAAGUGGUGGAAAGUUGCAUGAAUUGUGCACUGUUUUAAAUAAGGAAUGCCCAAAGUUGUCGAAAGAGCUUAUAAAUGAUAGACAACGGUAUAUAAUAAAUGGAUUCAGUGUUACCAACGGUGCCAAAGAAAAUAUGGUGAUGAACCACAAUUUAAAUAGGUUUGUUUAA